AUGGAUAUUGAGACGGAUGGCGGAGCCAAGAGCAGCCUGCUUGAAGCAGUAAAACACUUGGAAACCGUUGCAUUCGUCCCACCAAAGCAGAGAUACACAGAUGCUGGUGAUUUGGCCAAAACCAUCGCAUCAGACGCGUAUGAAAAUGGCAUUCCGCCAGCGGUGCUUACCCGCCUCCUGAAGAUUUUGACUACGAAAAACAAUCUGGACCAGGGCACUGUCACGACUCUGAUCAACAACCUGUACCCACAGGAGCGAAUUUUAUCCAAAAAUGUCACUUCAGUGGUCUGCUGCCUGGGCCCUAGCAAGAACAAGCCCACUCCUGCGACGCAAGCUCUAUUAUUGCGCUGGCUGAUUCUUUCAUACGAUAUGCUCAGAGAAAGGGCGCAUCUUGCGAAGCUUUACGCGGUGCUUUUCAAUCACCUGGACAUGAUCAGCUUGCGCAAACCAUUGUGUCAUCUUCUCUCGCUCAUCACGAGGCGCAAGCAUGUUAAGCCCUUCCGGAUCCAGGCUUUGAUGGAGCUGAUUCAGAUUUCUGGUGGGGAUGAAAAGGAGCUCAUUACUUUACUGAAGAUGUUCAAGAAUUAUUAUCCCGAGAUUAUCCUUGGGGAGCUCGGAAGAGGGAGAAAUGCUCUUUUCUUCAAGCAUCCUGAUCCAGAGUGGUCGGGUCAUGCGAAACUCCUGCAAGAUCAAAGCAUAGAAAGAGCAAAAGCAAUUUCGGCAUCCACCUUUCAGGUUGUUCAUCGAGGAGCCGUCAAAAGAACCAGGAUUGAAGUGGUCAUUCCCCCUCUACAGACUUCGCGGGUAUCAGACAGGCAUACAUCACUGGAAGAACUUCGUGAUGUCGGCCAUCUAGUUGAAAGGCUCGACAAAAUCGAAUUACCAAAUCAGAUUAUCUCAACCCUGGGCGAUGCAAUGGCACAGAAGUAUCUUCACCUGGUUCACUCUGAGCUUGCAGACCAUCGCUUGGACGAGUGGCUGAGGAGUUUCCUGGAGGAUAAGUUGGAGAUUUUACGAGAGGAUGAAGACGACGAGCCUGAGACAUUGGCAAUUUUCCUUGAUUUCGUCGUGGGAUACGUAUCGUACAUUAAGGAUUUACCAAACGCGAUUCGUUCGUUCCUGAAGUCAUAUAUUCAAAUAUGGAAUGGCAAAGACAACCGCGAGAAUAUCUUCCGACUUUUACAAUACAUUCCAAUCGAGCCGCUUGACUCUUUACGGACUGAAUUGUUCUCACCAUUGGAGUCGGCAGUGUUGGACGAAAGCCUUAGUUCCAGAACCGCGUUACUGGAUUUCUACUCGGGAUUGAUCAGUCAAUGGGGCGUGAAACUUCGCUCACAGCCAGUCACGCCCGAGGAAUCCCUUCCUCUGAGCCAGAUCAUCUUACACGCUGAGCUUUUGGCGUCCUCCAUACUUGAACACCCCGCAGAAGAAGAUCCGCAAUUAUCCAAACCAGGCUCAAUAUCGGUGCUUGAUUUCUACAAAAUCCUCUCAGACCUCUUUUCCCAUGCGCCCCAAGAUGCUCGAUUCCGACUUACCCUCCCCAACGCCCAAACAGUCUACACCCUGGCAUUCAUACCAAACGCGGCUGUUAUUUCACCUCUCAAUUCGAUUUUGGCGGUGUAUAAAUCCGCGUUCGAGGCCUCUUUGAGUUCACAGGCAUUACAAGCACAAAACUCUCCCGCCUACGGGACAGAUCUUGUUGGUCGAUUCAACGGGUAUGUUAUGGAUAUGUGCAACGUGUUGUGGAGAAAUCGCGCACUUAACACAGAAGAUCCAAAUGCGCUGGGAUGUCUUGUUCCAGAGCCGACGGUGGCGGCUCUGACAACUUACAUCAAAGACUUGUCAGAGGCAGCCAGACACUACGACCGCGAAAGUGCCUUUAAUUUCACUGUCGCUUCGGUUUUCUCUCUUAGCCACCAUGCUGCCUUCUGCAAUCUCUCUGCCGCAUGCUUUGCCGAGCUUGAAGAAGACCAGCAGAUUGGAGAUGACCGUCCAAGGCUGAAGAAGCCGGUGACUCAGAAAGUGCUGCUCGCCCUCGAGAAGGAUGGUGGAGCCAAGACUACUUGGCAAGAGUACCGCGUCCACAUGCUAGAUUGGUUAGAUGGGAUAGGCUGUCGGGGUACGGGCAUUUUGAUGAGGAGCACGAUGAAGGCUCUUCGUAAAGAGUGA